CGUGCUCGUUCACCAGUCACUGUUGGUCACGUGGUAUCAAUGUUUACGGAAGCUGCAUCGUGCGAAGUUUAUAGAGGCUAAAAGUUGGCGAUAUUUUGCGUAUUCUUGGCAAUCAGCAUGCUCCUAAUAACGUGUUGAAGUUGUUUUUUUGUAGUGAUCGUUUUCCAGCUAACAUGCAGGCGGAAUCACCCGUAACGUCUCCGAAAUUUGAUUUGUUAGACUCGUGUGGUAAAUUUCGUGUGCUGGUUGGGGUCACGGGUAGUGUGGCAGCGCUCAAAGUGCCUCUGUUGGUCUCCCAACUUCUAGAGUUACCCGGGGUGGAUGUGCGUGUUGUCACUACAGAACACGCCAAGCACUUCUACAACCCUGCUGAUGUGGCUGUCAGAGUCUACAGUGACACACAUGAGUGGGAGGUUGGUUAUCAAACAGAGCUGUGGAGCCAGCGUUCUGACCCUGUCCUGCACAUAGAGCUGAGACGCUGGGCUGACCUCCUCGUUAUAGCCCCUCUGGACGCUAACACACUGGGGAAGAUCGCCAGCGGCAUCUGUGACAACUUACUGACGUGUGUGGUGCGGGCCUGGGAUACCAGUCGUCCUCUACUCUUCUGUCCAGCGAUGAACACUGCUAUGUGGCAUCACCCCAUCACCUCUCGCCAGGUGGACAGCCUUAAAGAGUUUGGCUACGUUGAGAUCCCCUGCAUCGCCAAGAAACUGGUCUGUGGAGACCAAGGCAAAGGAGCCAUGGCAGAGGUGUCAACGAUCGUAGAUGUUGUGAACCAAUUCAUCCAGAAAGCUGCCGAGUCUCCUCAGGAAGGAGCAGGCCAGGUGCUGUGAAGAAGGAGCAGGCCAGGUGCUGUGAGGAAGGAGCAGGCCAGGUGCUGUGAGGAAGGAGCAGGCCAGGUGCUGUGAGGAAGGAGCAGGCCAGGUGCUGUGAAGAAGGAGCAGGCCAGGUGCUGUGAGGAAGGAGCAGGCCAGGUGCUGUGAGGAAGGAGCAGGCCAGGUGCUGUGAGGAAGGAGCAGGCCAGGUGCUGUGAGGAAGGAGCAGGCCAGGUGCUGUGAGGAAGGAGCAGGCCUGUGAAUAUUAAUAAACUGCAGAUAGUAAAACCCAGAUGGACUCCUAGACCCUAUGCACUUGUGGAGAUCUGAGAGGAUUUUGAUUGGAAUAGGUAAUAUGCUGAAACUUCCACCUAGCCUAUCAGAGGGCAAGGUGGAACUAUUACCAUAAUGACUGCGCCUGUCAAAUCUGCUUAAAUCAAUCCCUAGGUUCUAGGGGUCCGUUUGGGAUUGGGCCAGGGUCUAGGCGUCCGUUUGGGAUUGGGCCAGGAGUCCGUUUGGAAUUGGGCCAUUGACAUGAAGAUGAGGCAUUCAGAUGAAGAUUGCUGCAGUUGUGAUGUGAUGUAGUCAUUUGAAUGUAAUGAACUGAUUUUAUUGAAGCCAAAUGUUAGAGACAAGAGUUUGCAAUAAAUGUUUGUAAUUUAAUUAUCAAGGAACUUGUGUCGGAUAUUCUUGCUGACUUGGAUUAGCAGCAACUGCUGCUAUGUGAGUGUUAUGCCAUCCUUCUUAGUAAGGUCCCAUGGUCUCUUGGUUAUCGCUGGCCACUCCAGAACAGUCCAGUGUUUAUUCUUGAAUCAUUACUGGGUGCUUCUGGGUGUGUGUUUGGGGUCAUUAUCCUGCUGGAAGACCCACAACCUUCAACGGAGACCCAGUUUCUGGACACUGGGUUGAUGUUAGAGGAAUUACAUUUGUUUAUGUUUUAAUUAGCCAAUUCAAUUAAACACUCUGCCCACUUCUAA